AUGUUACGGCAUCGGAAGCAAGAGAACGGGAAUGGUGACGUCGACCCGUUGAAGUGGAAGGACGCGGCGGAGUCGUUGAAGGGGAGCCAUUUGGAGGAAGUGAAGAGGAUGGUAGAGGAUUACGGGAAACCGGUUGUCACGGUUGGAGGAGACACUUUGACGGUGGGGGAGGUGGUGGCCGUGGCGGAGAGGAGGAUGGCGGUGGAACUCAAUGAUGAGGCCAAGGUGGGGAUGAAGGCUAGCUUUGAGUGGGUGAUGGAGAACAUCCACAAAGGAACUGAUUGUUAUGGGGUCACUACUGGCUUUGGUGCAACCUCACACCGAAGAACCACUCAGGGUGUGGCUCUUCAGGCUGAGCUCAUUAGGUUUUUGAAUGCUGGAAUUUUUGGGGAUGGAACAGAAGCAUGCCACACUAUGCCAUGCAGUGUAACAAGAGCUGCAAUGUUGGUAAGGAUCAAUACCCUCCUUCAAGGCUACUCUGGCAUCAGGUAUGAAAUACUAGAAGCAAUUGCAAAACUACUCAACAAAGGCAUUACACCAUGUUUGCCACUGCGUGGUUCAAUUUCAGCAUCAGGGGACUUAGUUCCAUUUUCAUACAUGGCUGGACUAUUGACAGGAAGGCCUAAUUCAAAGGCUAUUGGGCCCAAUGGUGAGACCCUAAGUGCUGCAGAAGCUUUCCAUCUAGCUGGUAUUUAUGAGGGUUGCUUUAAGUUGCAUCCCAAGGAGGGUCUUGCACUUGUUAAUGGAACUGGGGUUGGAGCUGGAAUGGCUUCUAUAGUAUUGUUCGAGGCUAAUAUCCUAACCAUAUUAUCUGAAGUCAUGUCUGCUAUUUUUGCUGAAGUCAUGCAAGGGAAGCCAGAGUUCACUGACCAUUUGACUCACAAAUUGAAGCAUCAUCCUGGCCAGAUUGAGGCUGCAGCAUUAAUGGAACAUAUCUUGCAUGGAAGUGCUUAUGUUAAAGCAGCACAAAAGUUGCAUGAAAUAGACCCCUUCAGAAAGCCUAAGCAAGAUAGAUAUGCUCUUCGGACUUCACCACAAUGGUUAGGUCCUCAAAUUGAGGUUAUUCGGUUAUCAACCAAAUCCAUUGAGAGGGAGAUCAACUCUGUGAAUGAUAAUCCUUUGAUUGAUGUGUCAAGAAACAAAGCUUUGCAUGGUGGCAAUUUUCAAGGUACCCCAGUGGGGGUUUCAAUGGACAACACAAGAUUGGCUUUGGCUGCAAUUGGAAAACUCCUUUUUGCUCAAAUGUCUGAGUUGGUUAAUGAUUUCUACAAUAAUGGGUUGCCUUCAAAUCUCUCGGGGGGUCACUGUCCAAGUUUGGAUUAUGGAUUAAAGGGUGGUGAGAUAGCAAUGGCUGCGUAUUGUUCUGAGCUUCAGUAUCUAGCAAACCCUGUUACCAAUCAUGUGCAAAGUGCAGAACAACACAACCAGGAUGUGAAUUCAUUGGGAUUAAUCUCUGCCAGGAAAACGGCUGAAGCUGUUGAAAUUUUAAAGCUCAUGUCAUCAACUUUCUUGAUUGCUCUCUGUCAAGCUAUAGAUUUGAGGCAUUUGGAGGAGAACCUAAAGAACACAGUUAAGAAUAUGGUGAGCCAAGUGGCCAAAGAUGUCUUGACACUGGGAGUCAAUGGGGAGUUUCAUUAUUCCAGGUCUUGUGAGAAAGAUUUACUUAGAGUGGUCGAGUGUGAGUAUGUUUUUGCCUACAUUGAUGAUCCAUGCAAUGCCGCUUACCCACUUAUGCAAAAACUGAGGCAAGUGCUAGUGGAACAUGCAUUGAGGAGUAACAAUGGUUUGAAAAGUAUAAAUGCUUCUAUUUUCCUUAAGAUUGGUGCCUUUGAAGAGGAACUGAAAAGAGUGUUGCCCAAAGAUGUUGAAUCAACAAGGAAUGCCUUUGAAAAAGGAAGUUCAGCAAGUCCUAACAAAAUUAAGGAAUGCAGGUCCUAUCCAUUGUAUAAGUUUGUUAGAGAGGAAUUGGGUACAGAGUUUUUAACUGGGGAGAAAAUUAAAUCGCCUGGUGAAGAUUUUGACAAAGUUUAUAAUGCAAUUACUAAGGGAAAGAUAAUAAACCCAAUGUUCGAAUGCCUCAAGGAUUGGGAUGGUACUCCUCUUCCUAUAUGUUGGACCUCCACAGACCUUCAUUAG